AACCAUAAUUCUGGAGAAAGCCUAUUCUGAAAGAUUUGAACUUUGAGAAAGACAAAUUUUAGAAUAGGAAAUUUAAUCACAAAUGUAUUGAGGAAGCAAAGAAUGAAGUGAUGAAAGAAUAGUGUUUAAUUUCUUCUCUUGCAAAAAUGCUAUCCCAUUCUUCUGAGCUAUUUUAGGACCUGGAAGUUAUUUUGCAAAGUCUUCAUCUGAAUAUCAUGCCUUGCCUGGUGAUAUUAAAGAAUGAGAAGAUUUUACUUCGUAUAGGAUGAACAUCCAUGUUGAGUCUGCACCAAGGAAGAUGGAAGAAUGUAGGAUUUGCCAUGAUGGUGAUGAUGAUUCUAACAUGGAGGUACCCUGCUCUUGCCGCGGAACCCUCAAGUAUGCACAUCGAAAAUGUGUACAGAGGUGGUGCAAUGAGAAGGGGGACAUCAUCUGUGAAAUUUGCCGCGAGAAUUUUACGCCAGAUUAUACAGCACCAGCUCCUCCUCUAUUUGGCAGGUUCACAAUGAACACAGUAGGAAACUGGGAUGUUUCCAUGGGUGGGGUUGAUUAUCAUCAUUUUGGUGCAUUGUUUUCAACAGAUGACAAUUUUGUUGGUAAUGAGUCAGAUGAGUAUACAACAUUUUAUCCAAGAAGUUUGAUAUGCUGUCGCAUUGUUGCCAUAACUUUUGUGCUUCUCCUGAUGUUGCGUACAAUGCUGUCAAUAAUCUUUGGUGUUGCUGGAGAUAACUCGGUAUCAUUAGUCAUGUUAUCAGCGUUGAAAGCUAUUGGAAUCGUACUGGCAAUCUACGUUUUGGUGAAAGCUUUGAUUGCUGUGCGACAUUGGAGGCAUCAGCAGGAUCGUCAUCACUCAGAGAUAGCCUCAUCAGAUGAAGAAAAUGAACUGCCAUUACAACAGCUUCAGCACUUUCAGAUUGCUCCAUCGAACGAUGAGAAUGAACUACCACUACAGCAUCCUCAGCCACAGUUUUUACAUGUCCAAUGAACCCCUGGCCUGAAAAAAGACAUCUGAACAACCGCGGAAGUUUCACACUGCGACUUUUAUGGCUCUAUUAUGGAGUAUUCUCAGACAAAUAAAGCAAAGCUGCAACAAAAGAUCAAAUGACCUGCUUUUCAGACAUUUCUGACUUUGCUUUUAUAACUUGUACUCCAUGCUACAAUACAACGGCUUCACUAUAACACUACGAAACAAAAUUGAAAAACAAUCCACAUUGUAUGAAGAGAAAACCCAAGAUAUCUUAUUGUUGAUAUCAAGAAGAACUGAUCUCAUAAGUUGAAAUCCUUGGGUUGCAAA